GAGAUCGCCUGCUCUGUGACCAGCCUUCUCCAGGAUUGCAAGCAGCGUUCAGGACCAAUUCCAGGGACAGUCGCUCUUUCGUUCCGGAAGGCUUCUAUCUCCUGGUUCUGCUGAUAACCGAUGGACCUUCGAGCCCCAGCUGCGUGGCAGCUGCGAAGCCGUCGGACCAGCAGAAAUUCCACCGGACCCCUGAGUCCCGGAGAGAAGUAUGAUCUCUCAGUGGUGGUGGGAGAGGGGGACGAGGCAAUGGAGGCCCUUGCUGGAGAGGGGGAGUUCAGCCAUCCGGAGGAUCAAAUCCUACUAGCACAGGAGCUAUUCCAGGACAUUGCAACGAUGGGAAAGGAGGCACUCCUGAAGAUCCCGGACGGGGCAAGGGUACCAGCCAGCGGGAAACUGACAGCGGAGCGUGAGGAGGGGCCGCACGACGACACCAAGUGGCCCUUCUCAACGUCCCAGCCUCCCGACCAUCAGGGAGGACAAGUGGCCGCGCGGCCAAUUCCAGUGAUUCAGCGCAGCCACGAGGACGGACUCCACCUCUUCCGCAGGACAGGUACCCUAAAUCAGGACAAUCAUCGGGUCCUCCACAGCAGCAUCACCAUCUCGCUCCAGGUUGAGGACCUAACGAGAGUUCCUGCUGGGUUCCUGGGCCCCCUUCACGACUGCUGGGACACCACCGUGCUCAUCCUUGAAGACUCCUAUCACACGCCGAAUGAAAUCACCAUCUUGCCUGAGGGAAAGUCGGUGCAACUGCGGCUCAUGGCAGACACAGGAGCGGACGUGACCAUCAUCCCCCAGGCGAGGUGGCCCAGCGACUGGGAGCUCGUGCCCCCUUGCAGCAGGAUCUCCGGUCUGGGCGGAGCGGUCCACUCUCUGAGGAGCAAGCACCUUGUGUGUGUGGAAGGACUGGAAGGACAAUUGGCCACAGUGAGACCUUUUGUUGUCUCUUCAAACAUCUUGUUAUUAGGAAGGGACGUUUUGUCCCUGUUCGGGCACCAAUUGUCGAGCUGGUCAGGUUUUCAGCCCCUCAGCACAAAUGCUCAGAUAGCUGGAAAAUCUGAGGGUCCACCAGAAGAACAGGAGGGACACCCGGGCUGCUGAAAUCCUGCUCAUUUAUUCGAGGGAUCACAGAAGGGAAGAAAACGAGGCAGAAGGGAGGCAGGCUCCGAGAGCCCUGAGGGGCGGGGUAAGGGUUCUUUUAAC